AUAUAGAAAACAGUGGGCUCUCUUUUUCUAUCCAUUUGCGCCAAAGCACAGAAAGAAAUGGACGCUUCUUCUUCUUCUUCUUCUUCUUCUUCAAAGCAGCAGCAGCAGAAAUCCAUGGCCAACGGGUUCGGUUACAACAGUCUACUCCUACUCUCUUCCCCAUUUAUUCACACCCCAUUCCUUCCCCAAUUCUUCACGCAGUCCUCUCACUCUAAACCCAACCUCCAAUUCAAUGUAAACAUUGUUCGUCAUCUCCAUAGCUCUAUCGUAUCCACUGCUGAGAAUUGCCUCACAUUCUUAGACACAUUCGCUUCCCCAAACCCACUUCUCGACAAAAUCUUCCUUUUUUUCUCCUCCCAUUUCCACAAUUUCUCCCAGAUUCGUCGCAGAAACUACAGAAAUUUGAAUUCCAUGGCCAAUCACAAUUUUGCUGCCAUUAUACCAGGCGAUUCUGUGGCUGGGAUUGUGGUGACUAAUGGCAUUCUGAAUUUCUUGAAUAUUUACAAUACACUAUUGGUUGUCAGGCUUGUUUUAACCUGGUUCCCUAACUCUCCUCCAGCCAUUGUUAGCCCACUCAGCACCUUAUGUGAUCCAUACUUGAACAUAUUUCGUGGUAUCAUCCCACCACUUGGAGGGUUGGAUCUUUCUCCCAUACUGGCUUUCCUUGUUCUAAAUGCCUUUACAAGCACUGCUGCUGCACUUCCUGCUGAACUUCCACCAACAGGAAUAUCUCAGGACAUCCGAUUAUCUAAUACGGCAGUUUCUCGUCUAACUACAUCAGAGAACAAAUGGAUGAGAAGGCUCAUCGGAAGCAGGCCAAAGAACUCCACCAGUGACAUUUAGGUCAUUCAGCUUGUUUCUGCACUUGCUCUUUCAAUUUUAUGGUUUCUCAACUGUGCUAGCUUCCUGUAUCAUACAAUCUGUGUAUUAUCUGAAAUUGAGUGUUAGGCAUCUCCCGGCAAUGUUCUUGACUUCCUCGCUCUACAAGUGUAUAAUUUUUUUAUCAUCUAAUGACAAUAGCUUUAUGUAUUUUUUCUACUAAAAUUGUAUUUAUCACUAUGGGUUUUUUUUAUCUUUGA